AGGUUGUAAAGACUCACAGCUAUGUCUGACGAAGAGGAGGAAAGAAGAGCACAAGAGGAAAGAGCAAACUAUCUACGUCUGGUGUCUAUGUAUGUGGACGUAGGUACAGAGACUGUUCUAGGUGUCUUUGUGCAUCAUUCACCAGGAGAAGAUGCCGAGACUUUUCUUAAAGCAAAUGAAAAUGACAUUAUUCGACUGAAGGUCAGUCGCAUUUUAAAUGAUCAAGAGUGUGCAUUACUUCUGCGUCUGCAGGAUGAUACGCUUGUUUUGAACACUCCACUUGAUCUUAAAAAAUUUGAUGUGUCCUUAUUAAUAACAUUGGCAAGAAAGCUUUUCAAAAAUGAUCAAUUACCACAUCCCACGAAAGGAUGGAAUAAUCCACCAAAAGACAGCGACAAGUCUAUAGCUGCUGACCUAAUACGUCUGAAGAAAACUAGAAAUGAUAUUAUUGCUCAUCAACCGAGAGCUAGAUUGCCAAAAUGGCAAUUUGACGAUGAGUGGCGGAAAGUGUCUGAAAUAAUAAUAAGAUUACAACAACAAAUAGCCCCUGGAAAUGAAAAACGUAUUAAAGAGAAGAUUGAAAAGUACCGUGUGCAAAAACUAGACCCCAAUGUUGAAAACAAGUACGAUGAAAAAUUAAAAGAAUGGCACAAGGAAGUGACUGAGAUACAGGAUAAGGUCGAAGAGCUAAUCGAGCAACUUAAAGAUUUCGACUCUUAUUUCAAAAAUAAGAGCGAUCGAUUUGAAAGGUAUACAAAUUUAUUGCUACGAGGUGGCCACUUUGUUCUAUCAGCCUUCCUCAGUAAGAAAAUAGAAAAAGAAGGAAAGGAUUUACGGAAUAUACUUGAUGACAAGAAAGACACUCUUAAGACGAAUAUUACCGACUCAAAACAACUAAACAUGCUAUAUCCACCAACCAAUAUAAAAGAUUCGUUGGAUAUGUCUUCGUGGGAUAUUUCCCUUUUGACAACAGUUAUUCUACAGCUUUUGGUCAGACCAAAAGACAGAGGCAUAAAAGGAAAUGUAACACAAAUAGGCGAAGCUUACAAGAAUUAUGCAGAUGUUCGGCUGGUAGCAUUAGAUAGUAAGUUUGAAGAGGAUCGGGCAAAUCUCGGAGCAAGUUUACAAUUUGUUUCUGAUAAGCUGGAUGAGAAUAAAGCCGAUAAAUAUUACCAGAUUUUAGAAGAAUGCGAGAAGGGAAUAUUAGAACACGAAGACCAGACUUACAUGAAAAAGCAGGCCUCUGAAAUGAAAAAUUUUAAAGAUACGCUCCAGAAAACUAAAGACUUUCUUCAGGACAUGAUUACAAAUGGAAUAAGUUUCAAAAAUGGCCACGAACUGGAACUUAAGAUGAUUACUCUCGGUAAUAACGAAGAGAAGAAGAAAUUGGCAGAAGAAAUACUGACUAGGGUUUGGCAUGAAGCGAUAGACAGGUCUAUACAAACUACAGAUUUGCCCGAAGUGAGGAAAGAAGUAGACAAGAUAUUAGAAGAGAUUAAAAAGUCAAGAAGUGUAAAAAACAUCACAAUCAAAACUGCAUGUAUAUUGCUGCAGAUUACCUGCACAUCACCGUGUGACAUGUUAAACAUGAUGAACUACUUCGAGAGUAAAAGAUUCCACGAAUUAUUUGUAAACAUAUCAGAAGAGCUCGGAUACUAUUUGGACACAGCCUUGACAGUGUAUAGUGUUGUACCAAUUAACUGGCUAUGGGCAAUAUCAAAUUUACAAAACGAAUCCAAGCAACCAGAAGAAAGAGGCAUUAGACUUCCGAUAACGGUGUCUUCACCAGCUGGAAUGAAGCAUCUGAUAUCAUUGUGCGGCAGCGAGGAGAUUGCAAAUAGUACAAACUCUAUUGCAGACGCGUUGUCGAAACAUUUAGAUGAUACAAUAGAGCUGAAAACGUCAACAGAUAUGAAGGAACUAGAAACCGUUUUUGAUGCAGAUAAGUCAAGUUCUGACAGUAGUAGUGAUUGCUCCACUACGGAAAGCAGUGUUAUAAAUAGCAACCAGCUGAACCAGCCUGAUGUCUCUGAGGAAUUUCCUGACGAGAAGAGCUCUGGUAACAUGCAUGAAGAAAUGACAGUACAGGAAUUAGAUGACAAGACGGAUCAUCUAAAAGACUGUCACAAAGACAAAAGCAUCCAAAAAGAAACAGAGUCGGACAUUUAUACUACCGAAUCUAGUGAUUCAGAUGAAUCUGACUGGGCAUUUCCAUGGACAGAACGAGGUUACUCAG